UCUCGGUCUCCCUACAGUUACUUUUUUUUUUUUUUAAUUCCUUCAUAAAUACACACGUUUCUUUCUUUCAAAUCUACUGCGCGUGUGAAGUUUUUUUUAAUUAAUUGGUGCGCGGACACGCUCCCUUCGGUAAACUUUUAGUUUUUUUUUUUUUUUUCCUUUUUUUUUUGUGCACAACCUACCUGAGUUGUGUUCCGUCUCUGCACGCCUUCACUGCUCUCCACCAUGGAUUUGGUUUGGAUUGUGGGCUUCGUUUGGAGCGUCUGCGCCUGGUUUGCUUCAGCGGAGCGACACAGUAUCUACUGGAACAGCACGAACCCAAAGUUUCAACGGGAUGACUAUGCUGUGGAGGUGAAGCUUAAUGACUACCUGGACAUCAUCUGCCCCCAUUACCCCCAGGGUGAGGUGCCAUCGCUGGAUGCCGAGCGAUACGUGCUCUAUAUGGUGGAGCGGGAGGACUACGACACCUGCAAGCCCCAAUCAUAUGACCAGAUGCGCUGGGAGUGCGGUCAUCCAUUUGCCCCUCACGCUCCUGAGAAAUUCUCUGAAAAAUUCCAGCGUUUUACUCCUUUUACUCUGGGAAAAGAGUUUCGCCAAGGAGAAAGCUACUACUACAUCUCCAAGCCUUUACACCACCAUGGCCAAGAGUGCCUGAGGCUCAGGGUGGACGUUGUAGCCGCAGAUGGUUCUCAAGAGGCCAGAGUGGCUAAAGGGGGCACAGGUGGGACUGGAGUUGGAGCCGGUGGUGGGGUUCACAACCCCUCCAACAGGUUGCCUGCAGCAGAUGACCCAGUGGUUAUCCUGCCAGAUGUUCAGAAGAGUGUACGGACAAACUCUGCAGUGGCAGCUACAUCCCUCUCAGUCCUCUCAGUGCUAGUCCCAUUUUCAUUACUGCUUUUGUUGCACUGAGAGUACAUAAAAAGGAGUUCUGUUGGCAGAUUUUUUUUUUUUUCCUUUUUCCAAGGACUACAAUGAAGACAGUCCGUGGGGUUGGAAACCACUGACUAAAAAAAAAAAAAAUCCAUGCCCAGUGCUGGCCACAGGGAGAGACUUUUGAAGCUUGCAGAGUACAGAUGGACUCGCUUGCACAACAUGUGCUGAGCAACUUUGAGCAUUUAAGACAAGUAUUUGUGCUUAGUCUUAUUUUAUUUUUUUUUCAAAAGAUGACAGUAUUUUUCUGGAAAGACAAAGCUCUCCUUGAUUUGUGCUUUUUGGGGCUCUCCAACAAACUAACCUUUAUGGAGGACUUCCCUGCAAGAAAGUAGAAAGAAGUUGAAGAGGAACCUGAAGUGUCUGAAGAACAAUCAGGAGCUACGACACCAACUCGACCAACUUUAAAUUUUAUAAUGAGAUGGAGGGAAGAAAACAAAAACUGCAUUUAACUGGAAAAGUAAUCUCAUACCUUUUGAGCCAAAGAUCAGUCAUCUCUUCAACUUGUACACUAUUCCACCCUUGAGUACUGUGUACUAUUUGUUGUAUUGUUAUUGUAACGGUAUUGCGUGACCUUGCUGUCCCGGGUGAUUACGGUCUCUAAAUGUAGCAUUAACAGACACGAGUUGUUCUCAUGACCACCAUUCCUUCGCAGACCAUGUGCUUAUAUACUGUAGCACUAAUGCUGCACAUCAGCAUGCACUCCACAACAGUGCUAAACACGUACACACACACACACACACACACACACACACACACACACACACACACACACACACACACACACACAGAGUCAUCAGAUGCUCUGUAAGACAUGGAAACACACUACGUACAAUCAUGCUACGUGUACAUUCUGUGAAGAUAAUUUAUAACAUUUGCAGCUGAGAAGUUUUACUGUAUAUACCAUGUGCUCACAAAAUGAAAUGUUUACUGUUGC